GUUGGUUUGGUUUUCGUACAAUUGACUAGUUGAGUCCUCCACAGAAAUACGUGGCACAUCGAUAGUUACCUGUAUCCUUCGUAUAUAAGGUUAAUUUUACUACUAAGAACUGACUUCAACAACACAUUGAUCACUUCAGAGUUAACGUGGUCUAAAUUAAUGGUUACAUUAUUACACCAUCAUUACCACAGAGAAGAGUUGUUCUAUGACCAUAACGUUACUAAGCUUAGAUAUUGUCUCGUAUCCAAAUUUAGGACACCUACUUUGGGCGUUGUACGAUUUAUUACGAGUAGAAGAACGGAAAUUUCCGUUCUUCAGAGUGGUUAUUUAAAUAACCACUCUGAAAUAAUUUCUUUAAGAAAGGUGUUUUGAUGAUAGGCCUGUAUUUCAUUGCUUUCAGAAAGGGUGUUUGUUAUUAAUAGCUAGCAAUCGGUUCCAGUACUACUCAGACCUAUCGGGUACAGAAACAUAAACCUUUAAUGGUUAUGGAGCAUUUAAUUUGACGAAUUUACUACAAUCCCAUAAUGUUAGGAGGUUCAAGUAACAAUUGCACUAACGAAAUUACUCCUCAGCGACCCGUUGGUCCAGAUUCAGAAUCCGUCGAUCUUUCAUGUGGCAUUAAAAAACCUGUUAUACAGUGAGUACACUUUACGGCAUUUUAUUCAAGGCGAGUCGUCUAUCUGUUUGAAUCACGGUUUAUCCCAUAUCUAACAAUUAAUAUUAAUACCGUCAUAUUAAAUAUGUUGUCCUCAAUAUAAGUCUUUAUCCUUGAAACUUGGUACUUCUUGUCUUUAUGAUGUAUCUAAGAGUCUCUCUGUCAACGAAAUAUUACUGGUAAAUGUUAAUUAUGUGGUUAUUCGGAACAAUCUCAUAACCGCUUACGUAAGUCCAAUCUUUUACUUUUAUUCAGUUCACUUCAACACAUAAACAGCUGUCAUGCAACCCAUAGAGAUAACAUCAGUUUAGUUCGAUUUUUAAUCAAAAGUCCAUGUGACCCUAUGCACAUUGUUAUAUCCGGACGAAGAAUAAGUGAAUGGUAACUGCUAGGAUCCAUUUAUGGAUUUUUAUUUUGUAUAUUAUUGUAUAACUAUCAAGUAACCAUUUUUCAUAUAUUUAUAUUCCUUUAAUUAUAAGCUUCUAUUUGACUCAUUCACUGUCAUUAUACGAUUUAUUACUCCUAAGUUAUUCCCAAUUUAUUAGCCACAGUCACUUUUUUGUCUGAUCUUAUAUAAUUGUUAUUUUAUGUUUUAUAGUAUUAUUAUUUGAACACAGAUAUUAGUGCAAGAGGGCACCAGAUACAUACACACAUACACAAAUCAGAUGGGCUUUGUGUGAAAGCUGUGAUACUACCCAGAUGCCCAAACCGAAAUAGGUGGUUUUCUUAGGGGUUCACAUCCGGAUCCUUCGACCUGAAGGUCUGAUCCACAAGGCAGUGGAGCAUCGUAAGGAGAUGCAGUCCCAUGGUAGCCGGUGACCAACGAUUGGUUCAUACGCCAUUUAUUCCCUCAGGAUACUGGAGCCCAUGUGCACUAUUGGUUUGGAAUCAGGGUUUUUCAACUCCCCUAGGUGGACUCUCCAUGUCCACCAACCCGGUUAAAGCGCCGGACAUUCGUUUUUCAUCCUCUCUAUUUUGUAAACAACACCCAUGGUGCGAGAAGUUAGUGAGUAGGACUUCCCUGACAGAGGCUGUAUAUGCGUGGCCAUGUGAGAGCGUUUCGAAAGGGAGAGCGGACUCUCUCCACUCUUGGCCGUACCAGGGCAUUUUGCGACUCGUGUAUAAACUGCGUAUGUCUGAAGUAUAUGAUUCAUACAGUGAAAGCUGUGUUCCGGACGCAAACAGGCAGGGUUAGUCGGAAGAACUAAUCAGAGUUGGCUCUGCGUUGUCCGUACUGGUUAACGCGUCAUUGGUUUGUUACAGUAUCAAGAUCAUAACGUUGUUGUUUUGAUUGGCGUUUUUAUCAUCUGUUAAAUCAUCAGAGCAUAGGAACAUAACACACAAUUAUUUGUAGUAUCAUUUCGUCUGGUUGUUUGCUAAACAAGCAUUAGUAAAACAGUUCAGAGGUGGAUUUUUAUUUUAAAUCCUUCCAUACAUAUGAAAUAACUAGCCAAUUUAUCAGGUACUGGCUUCUUUAUUUAGCUACGUGUCACAUUGUACAAGAGUUGGAGAUCCCACUUAUCUGCCCAAAAUAAAGUGAGUAUAAUGAUGCUUGGAAUUCUGAACUACAGAUUGAAAUCUUAUUGCUGACUAGGAAGCCACUGCUACAGCCUUGUGUGAAUUUAAUUAAAAUGAGAUUAUUCAAAAUAAGCCAAGUCCACACCAUUUAGUUGUAGCUCUUGUGUUACUAACCAAAUGUAGGUACUUAGCUUAAAGCCGCCUCAAGGUCAAUGGGUUAGUGAUUAAUGCACUCGGUUUUCAACCAAUAGGCCACAAGUUGAAACUUUACUGUUGUUUCGAACAUCCAGGAUGUAUGAUUUGUCCCCAAACAAAUACUCUGGCUCAAAGCUGAGGACCUGUAUUCAGUAAAUAACCUACUCUUAGAACCACACACCGCUUUAUUUACGUUUGUUUGGUCGUAUAUAGACAUUUCUUUCCAUAACCAUCCUUUUGUAUUAUUACUAAUACUGUUAUUACUCCUACUACACUGGAAUUAGUUUUGAUAAUCUUGCUGUGCCGUGGCAUGGCAACAAACCGAUAGAUAUAUGCCAGGCUCUAUGUUGCGUAUGACUGACUAGUCCAAAGUAUCAUACAGUAAGCAGUUUACUGCUCAUUAUAUCAAGGGUGUGUAAGUUUUGAGUUGGGUUUCUUUGUAAUGCUUUUUAUUUGCUACCAACUAUACUUGCUUUUGUAACUUCGAAUUAUGUCAAAUUAACUCAAUUUAUUAUCUUGUUCUUAUACCAAUUGUUAGCAAUAUGGUUUCUACUGUGGAUUUAGGAUGUCCUAUUGAGUUACGUAAAUUGGUACUUCAUGUCCGUAGUGCGGAAUACAAUCCACGCAGAUUUCCUGGCGUUGUCAUGCGUCUGCGUGAACCUCGUGUCACUUGUUUAGUGUUUGGAACUGGUCGCAUGGUGUGUACUGGUGCACGUUCUGAAUCAGAUGCAAAUUUAGGUUCUCGGAAAUGUGCUCGUAUACUACAAAGACUUGGGUUUGAUGUAAAAUUCAUGAACUUUACUAUUCAAAAUAUGGUUGGCUUGGCUGAUCUGAGAUUUCCAAUACGUCUGGAAGGUGUACAAUUGGCCAACGAACAGAUGACACAAUAUGAACCGGAAAUAUUUCCAGCCUUAAUUUAUCGUAUAAUAAAACCCCGUUUAGUAAUGCUUAUUUUUGUGAAUGGAAAGAUUGUUAUGACAGGUGCCAAAUCACGUGAACAUCUGUAUGAAGCAUUAAAUAAUGUUUAUCCUAUUUUAUACAAUUAUCGUAAAAUCAACUGACUAGUCAUUUGCAUAUCUGGAUAUUCUUUUGUAAUAUAUAUAAUACACGAUGUAAAUAAUUUCCUUUGAUUAAUUUUUGUUCUUCACAUGCCACUAAUACUUACCAAUGGAGCAAACAAACAUCACAGUAUUUCAUAAUAUUUUCUAGUAGACCUAGUUUUUAAAACGUUAUUACUCAACUAACUUCAGGUCACGAUGACAGUUCUCAUAAUUAC